AUGAGCCAUUCUCACGAGCAGCAGCCACUGCCGCCCAGUAGCAUGCGUGCAUUUGUGGCGUGCUCCGCAUUUGAGUUUGGUGGGGAUAGUGGGCCUGGGGGCAUCGGUGGCGGCAUUGUCGCUUUUAAAUAUCCACGGAAGGGCCUGCGUGGUUGCUGUGCGACACCGUUUGAGCAUGCCGUGGUGCGCCUCACGCGGGAGUCCCUGUCGGUCUACCGACCCGCUGAACCCGGACUUCAUGCUGAGUUGAGCUGGCGGAACGUGCGGAAGAGACGCCGCCACGUGUCCAGGAAGGGAGACCGGGUAUCGUACGACUUUGCCUUCUUUACGCAUUCUGACAUUCUUCUUCUUGAGGUCAAGGACGCCUUGACGGCGGACGGGAUCACCGCUGUGCUGCAGCUCCUGAAUGUGGCGGACGCGUCCUUUGCGUCCCCGGUGCAGGACGCGGUGCAGUGGCUCGUGCAAAAUCGGCCGUUGCCGGUGUCCUCUGCAGGAUGCCGUUCCCCGCCGGCCCCGACGACGCGUGUGCCCGUGAUUCAGCUGGAAGAUCCGAGGGGCGAGGCGCUGCGGCGUAUUCGGAUGCGUGAGGAGGAAAUGCGUGAGGCCAUUUUUUACGUGCCGCCCCGUCGAUCGUACGCAACUUCGCUCGGAACUGAGAGGCAGCUGAAAACCCGCUCACCGCCUCGCGGAUCGUCGUCUCCUGCGCCACGCCCAAACUCGCAGCCGCUGCCUCGCCACAUCGCCGCAGGCACAUCGGCGGACGUGGGUGCCCCGCCUCUGCCACGGUCCGCUUCUUACUCACUCGGUGGCGAAAUUGCCCGUCAAAGCGGGGCGGAGACAGCCUCCGAGAUGCGUGAGCUCCUGCAUCUUCUGGAGCAGGAGGAGAAGAAAACAACGGUCUUGUUGGAGUCGCAAGAAAUGCGCAUCCGUGCUCUCCGCCUUAUGGAGGAGACAGAUGCCCCCCUUUCUUUGCGCCAGCAGGCGAUGACCAUUAGCGGCGUCCACUUCUCCUGCAACAGCCAGCAGAAACCCCGCACAGAAUCACAAGAAAUGGGCGGAAAAGAGGCUGUUCAGACAGUGUGCGAUGGCAGUUAUGCAUCACACGAGCGACCGCCACUGGUAUUGCGGGAAAUACAGCCAUCACCUCAUCGUGACCAACACCAGGAGCUGUCAUUGUACACACAGAAGCCAUCUUCUAGAAGCGUGAUGCCGACCGAUGCUGAUGUGAAGUGUGAGGCGGUCACACCAGCCUUGACUUCACUUGGCACGCACAAUGGGAGCAAUGAGGAGUUGAAUGGGGCACGUCGGAUGGGAUCACAACACAAGACUGAGCAGCAGCGGCAGCAACAAUUGCCUGUCGACGGCCUUUCGGAUUCAGAGGCUCUGGCACGAGAAGAAUGGUGCUUGGAAUUGUCUUAUGGGAAAGAAGAGGCGGCCACAACCGAGCCGCAGCCGCUCGUGAAGAGGAAUCCCUCUCCUGCAGUUGCCGCUGCUGCAACAAAGGCGGCGGAGGCAUGCUCAGCGACGCCAGCAGAAGGUGGUGGCGUGUUGUGCAGCAACUGGGAGGAGCCGCGCCAGCGAGAGGCGGGGAGGAAAUACAACAGUCAGACGGCCACGCAAGAGGCGAGGGGGAAGCCGCCAUCCGAGGCUCUUGAAGAGAAGAAGGGUGGUGCAGCCCCUCAGCGGGAGCAGCGGGAAGUGCAGGAAGGGAACGCUGCAAAAACAAAAGGUGCGCUACGGGUGUGUGGGACGUGGAAGGAGUAUAGGGAUGCAAAUAGUGGCCGCCUCUACUACGUCAACACGGAGACCAAGCAACGUACAUGGAAGAUCAAGGAGACGCCCUUUGCAAACGAGUGA